GAAGCCUAUAUAAUAAUAACCCUGUCUCUUUUCUCUCACAAUUUACCCUAAAUCCCAAUUUACGCAGCCCAAGCGGCAGUUUUAUAUUUACCCUAAAUCCAAAGCGGCGUUUUCCCCUUCCGAGCACACACAGUCAUGGACGGCGGCCUUGUGUCUCCACUUUUGCAGAUCCACCGGCCAAAGCCAAUCAGGAGCCAGGGUAUUGAAUCAAAUAUUGUUGAAUCAAAGGCUGUUGAAUCCGAGGUUGUUGAACUUAUUGGGAGCCAGGGUAUUGAAUCAAAUAUUGUUGAAUCAAAGGCUGUUGAAUCCGAGGUUGUUGAACUUAUUGGUAGCAAUGCUGAUGAAUUUGAGGCUGAUGAAUCUGAGGAUGAUGAAUUUGAGGCUGAAGAUGAAUUUGAGGCUGAUGAUGAAUUUGAGGCUGAUGAAUUUGAGGAUGAUGAAUUUGAGGCUGAUGAAUCGGAGACUGAUGACUCGGAGACUGAUGACUCGGAUUCUGAAAAACUUAUUGGUCGUGAAUGUCAGUUUUGUUUAAAGGUGGGUGAUCACUUCUCGCAAACAUGCUCUUACAGGUAUCAUGUCCCAAAGAACGCAAUUGUUGGCAAGAGCUGUGUGGUAGUUUGUAAUUUGUGUGGUUGCCUCUUUAGAGACUCAUGUUGUGGCGUUUGUGGCCAAAGCGAUGGAUGUGCAAUUCUUAUGAAUUGUUUACAUUGUGGGAAGAUAGGUGAACAUUUGAUUUUUACGUGUCCGAGCCGCGAGGGGAAACCUUCUUGUUUUUCUUUGGACCCUUAUACUGGUUCUGUUAUUUCCAUUUAAAUGGUAGAGAAUGGAGAGCUAAUGGUACUCUAAAAGUUAAAGCAAAGAUUAAAUGUUAAUUUCAAUUUCAACAAAUUUUUAGAAUUUUUAUUUUAACUGUUUUUAAAUAAUUGUAAUCUUCGUAGACUUGUAGAGUAACCCACUUUACGAGUGGAUCUCCUGCAAUAUUUAAUUUGACUCCUACAUGUGGCCCUGUAUCCCUAUGUUGUAUGAGAUUGACUGCAUACAAUAAAUCACCCAAGUUUUAAUUGUA